UUUGUCGCUUCAUAAGAAUUUUUCUCUCUUUGGGAAUGAUAUUUUUAUGUAUUUUCACAUUCCUUUCUGAAACAACUUUAAUACAUAUGGCUAGCAUUACUGACCUUAAUUGCUUGGUUUAUACGACAUUGUUUUUCAGAGAGCAACUUUCGAAUCAGUUAUGUUUGACAAUCUAUUUUCACUCGAUUUCCAGUCAGCGCUUUGGAAGUUCGAGCUCGACACAGGUCGAUUGUUUCUUGUAAGAGGUUUAUCUAUAACCUCCUAUCGCUAAAUAUAUUGUAAGUUCUGCAAGAACAUGGUGGAAGAAAAUAGGCAGCAUCCCGUUCACAUGAUGAGUGAGUUUCGUGUUAAUUAUGAAGUAGUGAUAUCAAAUGUUAUUGCCGCUGGCUGUGUGGAGGGGUAGUAUUUGUUCUACGAAGAAGAAGGUCAAACAGGGAUUUUGUUUGUCUUUGUUCAUUCGGUGACAUUCCUGAGAGGAAUAGGCCUGCCUCCGGGUUGGAUGGUACUGCGUGUGUUAAAGCCACUCAGAAAUAGUACAUUAAUGAGUACAUUAAUUUUGCUAAUAAUUUUUAUAACUCUCAUAGGCUAUCUUUAAAUUUACCAUCAUGAUUUGAGAUAUGAUUAUUUGCCAACAUAAUAUGGCAGUCCUGGUUAGGACGAAUGUUAUUGUUAUUUAGCCCCAGGAAACAUCGUCUCCAGGUGGCUAUAUGACACACUAUCUGUGUCCUUAUAUUUUCGAACAAGGGAGUUUAGCGUCUCCACUCAGCACAAAGCAAUAUCUGCGUACCGCAGUUUCUGGGUUAUUUUUCUUUGUCAGCACAGAAUAACUGCUCGUCUAGAGAUGGCGCUGCUAAACUCUUGAGAGAAAUGGAGAGAGGGAGAGAGAGAGAGACAGAGACAGACAGAGAGAGAGACAGAGAGACGGACAGAAAAAGAAAGAGACAAUCUGCGUAUGUGUCUAAAAGAACAAGAGAAUAUGUUUUAUCGUAGUUAGGAAGUUACCCGAGUUGGAAAGUUCGAUCCAAGUAACAACAACAGCAACAACAACAGUUUGUGCUCGUAAAAGUUGAAAUUCGUCGAAUCCGGAGAAAAUUACCACCAACCAGGAUAUAAUAACAACAAAAAUGAGACUCUAACAUGAAUUAUAGUAAUUACAAGAAUUCCAUAAUCAAUUAAUUAUUCUUAACGAGAGAAUAACAGAAAUAAUUUAUAUAAUAACAGAUGGAUAAUAUAAUAAGCAGAAAACAAAUUCCUAGCCAUAACCUGGUUUUCGGUAAUUAUAAGAAAUAAAAACGGUGAAAAAGGAUCUUAUUGCAGCCAUAAAUCCAUAUGGCUGACAGGCACGUCUGUGUAUAAAUACAAUAUUAGCUAAAAUAUAUCAGGUAGCGAGCUGGCAGAAUCGUUUCCGCACCGGACAAAAUGCUUAGCGGCAUUUCGUCCAACUUUACGUUCUGCGUUCAAAGUCCGCUGAUGUCGAGUUUGCCUUUUCCUGUCAAAAUAAUAUAAAUAAGUACCUGUGAUAUAAGUAUAUAUAUAUGUGUGUGUGUAUAUAUAUAUAUAUAUAUAUAUAGAGAGAGAGAGAGAGAGAGAGAAAGAUAGACAGGGAGAAUAGAGAAAAUGGUGACAUAGACAGGAAGAAAAGGAGAGACCUUCCGUUCGUUUUGUUUUUUCUUCCUUUUUUUAUCAGGUGAAAAUAACAGUUGGCAGCAGAAAGUAAGAAAAAAAAUCAGAUUCAAAGUAAAAUUUUGCGUCUCUUGUGGUGUUGUUACCACAUGUCAGUUCCCACAAGACGGCUUUCCAGCCGUGGACUUCUCACCUCUUUACCUUUGUUUUCCACUUACUUCUAUUAUGUAAGUAUUUUCUGCCGUCGCUAUUUCUCCAUGUUCACCUGAUUUUAUUAUUAAUGAAGCAACAGGUGAAACGACUCCAUUAUAUUUUCAGGCAUAACGUAUGUAUAUAUGUGGGAUCCGGAGAAAAUUAUCAACAACCAGGAUAUACAUACAUACAUACAUACAUACAUACAUAGGCUCGCGCGAGCACACACACUCACACGUGCGCGCGUACACACGCACGUGCUAGUGUGCAUGCAUGAGUGUGUAUCUGUAUAUAUGUGUGUACGUGUGUGCGCGUGAGUGUGCGUGUGUGUGGAUAUGCGUAUGUGUGUAUAUAUAUAUGUGUGUGUGUAUGUGUGUGUGUGUGUGUGUGUGUGUAUGUGUGUGUGUACGUACACACUUGCGCUCACCUGAUAAAAACUCUCACCUCGCCCAACCAGAUCGCUUGUAAUUGUUUGCCUCAACAUAAAGAUUUGCUUUCGAAUAAGGAAGGAAUUCUAUUGUUUAACGCACAUCAGUACAACAGAAAUGAGUCUUAUGCAAUCAAGCCAUAACGUCACACUCCGGAUUCGAACUGGUGACCAGAAAGGAGCAGCAACUGAUGCUAGCGUCUAUGUUAUAUUAUACGAUACUUCGGAUAACAGCAGUGAGAAGAUCCUUGUGGACAACUUCUGGAAAAAUGAUUUUAAAAUCGGGGCCCUCGACACUUUUGAUAUUCAACUCCCGGAAUCGUUUACAGAAGUGAAAAAAAUUGAACUCUGGACCGAAAAGCCCACGGUCGAAUUAACAUCUUCAACUUGGUUCAUACAAACACUGGAAUUGGUACGUGGGUUUACUAGAAAGAGCGUAACGUUUCCUGUUUUCCGUUGGAUAAGGCCAUCCAUCCAUUAUACUCUUUAUCCUUGGGAUACAUUCUUACCACAGAAUGAUCCGGAUAAAGAGCAACGAGAAAACGAAAUCAAGUACAAACGAGAGAUAUACAAGUUAAAACAUCAGGAUGGAUCUCCUGCCAAGGUGAGUAUAUUUUUAGUAUGUUCAAGUACAAUCUAUAUUCUUCCAUGUCCAGUUGUAAUCAAUCAGAAGAUUGCCAGCCAUCAACGUGAGAUCACACAUUUUUAUCGAGGGUCUGCGAAUGAUUCAAGUGAUCACAGCGGCAUCAGUAUUGACUGCUGCUUUAUAUUAUCGAUCUCUCCCCAGCAACGAAACCUUUCACUUCAGAGGCACCUGUUAAUAACCAAGUGGGAAGGGAUUCUGAAAAAUUGGUUUACUGGAAUCACAACUGAUACCUGGAAGAAGCUAGAUGACCUAACUAACAUUUACUGCAAAGAAUGUAUAACGAAACCGAAGGUUUGUUCAUAUUGGAACGAAGACACAUGGUUUGGAUAUCAACGACUAAACGGUUGUAACCCCAAAUCAAUAAAAUUGUGUGAAGAAAUCCCUUCAAAACUUGGAGUGGAUGAGGAAAUGAUGAAACCAGUUCUGAAAGGAGAAACAUUGGAAGGAUUAAUCCAAGAGAAACGACUAUUUUACGCAGACUUCGAAAUUUUGGAAGGCAUUGGUCACAAAGAAGGAUUUGACCUUUGUGCUCCCAUAGCAUUAUUUAUGCUAAAUUCGGAAAACAAUUUGGUACCAAUUGCAAUACAAUUGCAACAACAGAAGGGACCAGAUAAUCCUGUCUUCCUUCCUACUGAUGACUGGGGCGUUUGGACUCUUGCAAAAAUGUGGUUUAAUCUGGCUGAUUCCAGUUACCAUCAAUCUGUUAUGCACCUAGGUUUAACUCAUUUACUGAUGGAAGUGGUUGUUCUUGCACUGCACAGGAAUAUGUCUGUGUCACAUCCAGUCUACAAGCUUUUGGCUCCUCACACUCUUUUCCUUUUGGCCAUCAACAAACUUGCAUUUGAAAGACUUGCAUCACCCGGAGGUUGGGUCGACAAAACAAUGACAAUAGAAUCAGGUGGAUUGGUUGAGCUGUUUCACAAAAGCGUACAACGAUGGGAUUUUUAUCGAGAUGGAAUUCCUGCUAAUGAUUUCGCAAACCGAAAAGUUGAUGACCCGAAUGUUUUACCCAAAUACUACUUCAGAGAUGAUUCGCUUGCAUUGUACAACUCAAUAUAUAAGUAUGUAUCCAGCUAUAUAGAUAUCUACUAUGUUAAUGAAAACGAUAUUAGUGAUGACUGGGAGAUACAAGACUGGAUAAAAAGUAUGGCCGUAUCACACGAAGAUGGUGGCUUACAGGGUUUACCAAUGAAAGAUGGUAAUGGUCACGUGUCUUCAAAGGAAGAAUUAAAAUGGAUUCUAGCCGUAACUAUCUUCACCUGCAGCGUGACGCAUGCCGCCGUCAAUUUCCUGCAGUAUGAAGAAUAUGGUUUCCCUGCAAACUACCCGUCGAUGCUAAGGACACCGCUGUUAAAAGACAAAGAACCUAAAACAGAGAAAGAUAUCAUUGAUGCUCUGCUUGAAAAAGAACAAAUCCUUGAUGUGUUAUCAGUGACACAUUUACUAAGUUCAAAAGGAACGAAUUCUUUGGGAUAUUUUGAAACGCGCUACAUCUAUGAUCCAAGAGCAGUCGGUUGUAUUACAAACUUCCAAUCAGACCUGAAAAAAAUUGGGGAAGAAAUCAGAAAAAGAAAUAAAACAUUACAUAUACCUUACGAAGUCUUGGACCCUGUGAACGUUCCUAAUGCCAUCAGUAUUUGAACAUAUACAUACAUAUACAUAUAUAUAUAUAUAUAUGUAUAUAUGUGUGUGUGUGUGUGUGUGUGUGUGUGUGUGUGUGUGUGUGUGUGUGUGUGUGUGUGUGUGUGUGUGUGUGUAUGUAUGUAUAUAUAUAGUUAUAUGCAUAACUUCUUUGUUAAUAGCUCUGUUUCUCUAGUCAGUUAGUUGUUGGUAUAAUUUACCAAUCUCUCAGUCAAAAUUUGUCCAAGCGACACCAUUUACUGAAUAUUUCUGAUAUGACAUUUAAAAAGUCAACAAAUUUAUUGAGGUUCACAAUUACCAGUUGCUUCUGCACUGUCCACAAUCCCCAGCUAUUUUCCUCGUUUCUGUCUCGUUUACAUCUUCCAUUUAUUUUUCAUUUUAUGAUAUUGCGGUUUUCCCGAUAAGAAGUUUACUUCUGCAGUUUGAUUUGAAUGGGUCAAUUUGUUUUGAAUAUUGUAUUAAACAUAUAAAAAUGUUGUUUGAAAUAUAAUAAAAUAUGUUUCAUUAUAAACUUAUGUAUUUUAUAACAGAGUAGAUUACUCUUCCAUUAAUAUAACUGAAAUUUCUGUGCAAUUAAGCACAAAUGCGAGCAACCAACUUUGUUAAGUCUUGCUAAUAGUCAGAUGUUGUGCUUAUGUUAUACAGCUGUGCAUUAUAUAACAAAGAAAUAAAACGUUAUUUUUCUCUUACA